UCGGUGGCCUUCAGCCCCGACGGCCGGUUCCUGGCGUCCGGCAGUUUCGAUAAAUGCGUUCACAUUUGGUCGACACAAUCCGGACAAUUGGUUCACUCAUAUAAGGGAACGGGAGGUAUAUUCGAAGUCUGUUGGAACGCCAGAGGAGACAAAGUGGGCGCCAGUGCUUCCGAUGGAUCGGUAUUUUAA